AUGACGCGAGGCGGUGAGAGACGAUCGCGUCGAGCGUCCUGCGCCGGAGGAUCGCACGGGCGAGGCUUUUGGAGCGACGUCGGUGAAUUCUUCGCCGCGCUCUUCGCCCAAGUCGCGGUGACCUUGGGACUCGGCUCGUCCGCGUCCGCUCGCGCGUACGCCAUCAGUGACGCGCAAAAGUUCAAGCUCAACGCCCUGGCCCUUCGCGCCUGCGUCGCGUUCGAUGGUGAGCGGAUGGAACACACCGACGCGCUGCGAAAGCUCUGGCGACUCGCGCUCGGCGGCGAGGCGCCGAAAGAUUUGAAGAGCGAGCGAUGGAAGGAAAUGGGAUGGCAAGGAACGUCGCCGGAGACAGAUUUUCGCGCGGGAGGAUACAUGUCGCUCGAAAACCUCGUGUGGUUCGCCGAGAAGGAACCGGAACGGUUUAAAGCGUUGUCGACAAAGGCGAACGGACGGCGAAGUCAAUUUGAGUAUCCGUUCGCGGUGGCGGGGGUAAAUCUCACGUUUAAUCUGGUGGAAAUGUUUGAGGUGAAACAGGAGGGCCCGACGACCGCCGCGGGGGCGUGUUUCGCCCGACUCAUCGAUCUCGACGACGAGGCGUUUGAGCGCGCGUACGUUCUCGCGUUCGAGACGCUCGAUCGCGAGUGGCUAUCGUAUCCCGGGGGCGCGACUUACAUGGAUUUCCCCGUCGUCUUGAAGGCGACGAAAGAGCGGCUGGCGCGCGCGAUGAACGAGGCCAAGACUCUGGAGGAGGUCAGGGCUAAUUUAGAUUGA